CAGAUACAGACCCUAUUAUUGACUGGUACUAGAGUUUCACGUCGGAGUGGAGCGUGUCGAAAGAGGCUGAGGACACGCGCACGGCGUGAUGCAAGCCUUGCUAAGCCAAACAAGAACCUCCUCAAGCCUGACGCAAGCAUUCAUAGCAGUAUCGGAAUGGCCUAUCAGAGGAGACGGAUUUGCUCAGACACGACUUCACUGGGGCAAUCUCGCCACAUGCCCACCCGAGCCGUGAGGCUUGGCACCCAUAUGUCCUCACAUGUCUUCAGCCCAGGAGAGCCAAGACAACCACGAUGGUCUAGUACAGCACAGUACACGUUGCAAGUCGACGCAUUGAUCGUCCCUCAGGCGUACGGCCCACAUGUCGCCCUACACGCAUCUUCGAAGGCGAAGGAAAAAAAAAGUUGACAGGACAAGUAUAAGGGCUCGCUCGCCGCAAGGAAAGGAGAGCAUCAAUGGACUCUACAAUCAUUCUCAUCAGUACUGUCGCGCUUCUUCUUAGCCUCUCUCUAUCAAGAUGGCCCCGCUCACCAAGUUCGCUGCGCUCGCAGCUGCAUGUGUAAUGCCAGCCUUUGCACAUCCUGGCGAGAAGCACGAUCACCACAAAGUCGAGCGCGAGAUCGUGGCCCGUGAACAUUGGGCACAUCAAGGAAAACGAGCUCUUGACUCCUGCUCUAAAUCCGCUGAGGCACGACGUUUCGCUAUCCGCAAUGCUGAGCGCCGUGCAAAGGUUGCUCGAGAGCUGCGACAGAAGCGUGGCAUCACCACUUCCGGCAAGACUAUCAAACGUGCAACCGAGCUUGAACGCCGCAAUGCCACUGAUCUGGCCAAGUGGGAAGCCAUAGAUCACAACAAGACCGGCAUCUACAAUUACGACGUCGCAGCUCAAGAGGCCGACAUCUUCGACGCUGUGACAUCCCCCACCUUGGCACCAACAAUCACUGAUGGCCCUUACUACGUGUGGGGAGAGUUGAUCAGAUCCAACGUCGUUGAAUCAGAAUGUUCCGAUGGCAUCCCUCUUCAUCUCGAGGUUCAAUACUACGACAUCGAAACUUGCAAGCCCAUCCCGAAUGUCUACGUGGAUAUCUGGAAUGCCAAUGCAACUGGCGUUUACAGUGGCGUCUCAGUUUCAGGAAACUAUGCAUCUGGUGGCUACAACUCAACGUAUCUUCGAGGUAUCCAGGGCACUGAUCAAGAUGGCGUCGCAACAUUCGAUACGAUUUUCCCCGGUCACUACGACGGCCGUGCAACUCACACUCACCUCCUCUCUCACAUGAACGUUUCCGUUCUGCCGAAUAAUGCUCUGCUCGUUGGCUCCGGAUCCGUCACGCACAUCGGCCAGCUGUUCUGGAACGAGGUCCUUCGCACUGCAGUCGAGGAGACAGAAUACUACUCUGGCAACACCCAGGCUGUGACGUCCAAUGCUGAGGAUAUGUGGUCUGUGCUGCAAGCGGAUUCGAGCUAUGAUCCUUUCCCUGAAUUUGUGUAUUUGGGCGAUUCGAUUGAAGAUGGGCUUUUUGCUUGGAAGCAAAUUGGGUUGAAUACUUCGGCGGAUUGGAAGGAGGAUGAUUAUUAUAGCAUUGCGGCUUACUUGCAGGCUGAUGGAGGGCAUGCGAAUGCUGAUAGUGGGUUUGUUGGUGGUGGAGGCGGUGGUGCUGGGAAUGGGACGAUGCCUUCUGGGGCGGUGGCUGCGGGGAGUGCUGCGCCGGCUGUUUGAGGUGAGCAAUGAUGGAGGAGAGAGGACGAUGGGCGGUGCAGUGCUUGAUGCGGUAGGGCCUCGAGAGGGAUGGCAGGGAAUGCAUUAGCUGCGAUGAUCAAUGAUCGAUCAUGUUGCACGACUUCAGUAGCAUGUGAUCUGGAGUACCUAGCCCAAGCUGUAGCUAACACAGAGGGUGGUACAUGCCGAAAUUUGGCAACGAGCUGCGUUGGCCUGCAGUUGACUAGAUCACGCGCACAGGUCGAUA